GGGCGGCCCGGUGCGGCAUGGCCCGGUAAGGUGGGCUGGGCCUGGGGCCCCGGUAGGCCCCACUACAACAACAGCAGCAGCAACAACAGCUGAGCGGAGCGGUCCCCGGCCCAGGUCCGCGGCUCUGUGCGGUGGGGAGAGCAUUCAUGUUGGGGACGCCGAGGGAGACACACCGAGGAUCACGAGGCUCGCACCGACACGCCAUGCUCCGCGUCGCGUGCUUUGUCGUGCUGGUCACGGCCGUGCUGGCCAGCGAGCCGGGCCUCACCGAGCUCAACGGCCAGGGCUUCUGGAAGCAGUUCGAACACGGAUUCCGAGGGCUUGAGCAGGCCGCCCUGGGCCAGGCCACCCGCCUGGAGCACAUCCUGCGCGAGGCCAUGCACGUCGGGGGCCGGCCCCAGAAAGAGACCCCCGCCAAGGACGAGAAGGCCGCCGAGGACGACGAGGACGACGAAGAGGGGCCGCCGUUCAGCACCGGCCUCAUACCCACCUUUAUGGUGCCCGAGACCUCGUCGGAGGACGACGGCGACGAUGAUCACAGCGACGAGGACGAGUCACCCUUCGGCAUCGCUGGACAGCUGCCCAACUUAUUCAGCAUGUUCCCGACAGUGUGGUGGAAAGGGUAAGUGCAAACCACGUCCUGUAAUUUUAAAUCCUUUAACAUAGAAAAAGACGACGUCGUGAGGACCGU